CAUCAGCAGCAGCAUCAGCAGCAGCAGCAGCAGAAGACGCAGUCUUGCAGUGGAUCCUGUUGUGAUCACUCUCAGUGUUGCACUGCUAUUACAACCUAACGUGAAUACGCUAGAGAGGACAAACCUGCACAAUGUAAAGGUUAGAUUUCUUUAAUGGGCACCGUGUCCCGCUGCGCGCCCACGGAUGGUGUUUACUACACACUGCAGACGGUGAUGCGGCGAUCAGUGGGUGUGCGCUUCUUAACACCGAACUGCAUCCAGCAUCUACAGCAUCUACAGCAGCAGCAGCAGCAGCAUCUACAGCAGCAGCAGCAGCAUCAGCAGCAGCUGAGGGCGAUGUGUUUUUACUCCCUGCCCUACCACAUCCUCUCUCGGUUAAAGUGUACGGAUCCGAGCUACAGAACAGAUUAAAACGUUUAUUUUCCGCAGCAGCAACAGUCAACGAAUCAAGAUGAAAUUUCCCUCUGAGAAUCCAAGAAAACCAGGGAGCAUGAACCCUCCACCAGUGCCAGUCCAGACCAACUUGGUCCCCCCAAAGAAGGUGCAACCGGGCAUGCUUCAGUCCAGCCUGGUUCAUGCCAGUGUUGCCACCAUGCAGAACCCAAUGGGCUGCUCCCUGCCGCGGCUUUCCGCUUCCCCCCGCCCCCCCAGCAUGGUGGCCAGCAUGGAGGCGGCGGCUGACGGCUCUGCCCCAUUCACCAUGAUGAAGCUGAAGACGGUGCUGGCAGUGUUUGUGGUAGUGGUGGCCUACCUGGUGGCAGGGGGUCUGGUGUUCCAGGCACUGGAGCAGCCCUUUGAAAACAACCAGAAGAUUGCCAUCACAGCAGAGAAGGCUGCCUUCCUGCAGAAACACCACUGUGUGACCCCAGAUGAGCUGGAGGCGAUCAUAAAGCACUCCGUGGAGGCUGUGAAUGCAGGAGUGAAUCCCGUUGGUGACACAUCCUACAACUCCAGUCACUGGGACCUGGGAAGUGCCUUCUUCUUUGCUGGGACUGUCAUCACAACCAUAGGCUAUGGGAACAUUGCCCCAAGCACAGAGGGAGGGAAGAUCUUCUGCAUCCUGUAUGCAAUAUUUGGCAUUCCUCUAUUUGGUUUCUUGCUGGCAGGCGUCGGGGACCAGCUUGGUACAAUAUUUGUCAAAAGCAUCGCCAAGGUGGAGAAAAUGUUUCGGAACAAACACAACCAGAUCAGUCAGACUAAGAUCCGUGUGGCCUCCACCCUUCUCUUCAUCCUGGCUGGCUGCAUCCUCUUUGUCACCAUCCCAGCAGUGAUCUUCAAAUACAUAGAAGGCUGGACAGCUCUGGAGUCCACAUAUUUUGUGGUCAUCACUCUGACAACAGUUGGAAUAGGUGACUAUGUGGCAGGGGGAAACCGACGGAUCGAGUACCGGAAGUGGUACAGACCACUGGUGUGGUUCUGGAUACUGGGUGGUCUGGCCUACUUUGCCGCUGUGCUCAACAUGAUCGGUGACUGGCUGAGGGUCCUGUCCAAAAAGACAAAAGAAGAGGUUGGAGAGAUCAAGGCUCAUGCAGCAGAGUGGAAAGCAAACGUACGUGCAGAGUUCCGGGAGACGAGACGGCGUAUGAGUGUGGAGGUGCAUGACAAGCUGCAGCGAGCCGCCACAAUCCGUAGCAUGGAGAGACGGCAGCUGGGCCUGGACCAGCGCGCCGUGUCCCUGGACAUGCUUUCCCCUGAGCGACGUGCUGUCUUCAACAGUCUGGACACUAACACUUACAAGACAUCAUCCCAGGAGAGCAUUGAUACCAAGCUGAACAACCUUCGGCUGAGGGGCGCUGAGCACUGCGAUCGAAGCUCUGACCACCAAACCACGUCUGAGGAGAACAUUUUCAAUCGCCUGGGUUCCGUCACCAAGUUGGCCAAGCGCAACAGGAACAGGGACCUGAAGAAGAAUAUCCCGGACGAGGCUCGCCGGCCUCACAGUGAGGCCUACGGCUGCUUAAUGCCCACUUUUGACUGCAGUGCAGAAGAAGGGAAAAGGAAGGAAGAAGGAGAGGAUGAGAUUGAAGACAAGGAGUGCAACACUAGCUUGUCUGAUUUCCCACUUUUUGUGGAAAUAUGCAAACCACAGAAUGGGUUUUUACUAGAGCAGACCAAAGAGAAUGAGAGCGAGGAAGCACUUGAAGCAAAAGAGCUGCAUAUUCACAUGGAUCCAUAGACCGAGUGCUCUCCUGCAAGAGGAGCUUUUAAACGUCACCAGUAGUGCCUUAAGUCUCCCUGACUCCUGUGUGUUGAAGCAGGGACUGUCCCUGUCCCUUUGUGCUACAUAUUGUAAUGUUCACACUAUUCACUGGGCCCUAUGGAUAUAAUAUAUAUAUAUAUAUAUAUAUAAAUGUAAGACAUGGUCAGGUCUCUGCAACUGUGCUAUGCCAAAUAGUUGUUCGCUACUGGGUGUUCAAUUAAUCUUACGUCUGUAGCUGUGGCCAUUAUUUCUUUCAGUUAUUUGAACAGUACUGAGCUAAAGUGAUGUGAUGCAAUGCAACAUAUGACAAACGUGAUGACAUGGACCAACAGAACAAGUGCACCGAUCUACUCAGCUCUCCCUAUGUGUCACUCCUGUAGCAUUUGUGUAUUGUGCAGAGAUGACACUGUUGACAUUUGUUCAGUCAGUGGUUCGAAAAAUAUCUCAAAAUUGUAUUAGUCAGACUAAAACCAGACUUUUAAAAUACUAUUAAAAGUAUUAUACUAUUAAAGUAUACUAUCAAAAAUACUAAAUAAACAUGUUAUCCAGCUGAAAGUUUACUUUAUUGACUAACACCCAGAUGAAGCCACUGGGAGUUAAAUCACUAUUACGUGUGUAGUAUGUUCAACAGCCCAAAACUGCACAUGUUCCACAGUUCCUGCUUCAGGAAUUUGACCCAGGUUUAAAAGUCGAAGUCAUUACAAAGAAGAACAUGAAGCCACACUGUUGCUUCUUUGGACUGAUGAUGAGACUGAAAUUAUGAUCUGUAGACCAAUCAGAAAGAAUCAGAAAAUCAGAACAUCGUUAUCGUCAUUGUAACCAGUACAACGGAAAUUUUAAGUGCAACCUUAUUCAGUGCAAAAAUAAUAGAACAAUAUGAAGCAAAAGGAAGUGAAAAUAAUAAUAAUCUAGUGGAAAGACACAGCUGAAGUCAACCAGAACACACUUUCUAAUUCUAAGAAGCUUAGAGGGGGCCUAUUGCCACCGAGAGUAACACAGCCAGGGACAAAUCAAUGAAUUGCAAAAGGGACAGUAGAUCAAUUAAAUGGCAAAGUUCAGCUGCAUGGAAAUAAAUACUUAUUAGCAGUGCUCUCCUUUGUUUUCAUCUUCUGUGUGUUAUACUUUCAUUUGUGGCAUUAGAGAAGUUGAGCUUUUUUUCUCAUGUUACAAUAACCUGUAUACACUUGUUUUUGAUUUUUAGGAAGUUGUAUGCUUGUCAGCUCUGUUGGUUUUUUUUGCUUGUUUUUUACCAAGUAUCUUGGUUACAUUCACUCAAUCACUUACAUUUGAAACAGUUCAGAUUUGUUACAAUUCUAACCAACACUUCAUCUUUGUGUUGACUUAAGUAGUUUCCACCUAAUUUGUGUUUUACUUUCCAUCCAACAUGUUGCUAUCCUCUCUGGACCUGCACACCAGUUGUUUAUAAGAAGAUAGUUUAAAGUGCAGAAGUCAGUAUGUUCUUGUUUAGCCUGAUUUCCAGGUGCUCCAUUCGUUAAACAAACACACUGUUUUCUUUUGAAAUGUGACAGGAACACACUGAAACAAGAACAUACUGACUUCUGCACUACUGCACUAGUGUUAGAUGCCCUGCCUCGCCAGGUUAAAGGCAUCAUUUGGGCUUUUUAAUGUAUGCUUUCAUGAAAAUAUACAUUACAUACAGGUGACUGUGUUCUGCAUGCUGUCUGUGCUGAGGGGCAGCUGGAGAUGUGCAGGUGAAAGCUCAGUAAAACAUUGCAGCAAGAGGAAACUAAAGUUUGUGUCACAAUUUUUAGCUGGGAUGGUCUACUGCUGCCUCACAAAAUACCAUAUUUGGACUUGUGGAUCAACAACUCCUUUGUUUUACAGUAAUAACAUCUCGUGCAGUCAUGAGCUUAUUUUUUAGAUGAUGAGCUGACAUAUUUAUCAUUAGCUACUGUAAGUAUUUUGUUAAGAAACUUUUUCUGUUGUCUUCAGUCGUUGCCAUGUUUCACUGAGCUUCCAGCUGACGACCUCUCAGCUAAUGUAUUCUUCCUUGGGUCAUGUCCCGUUAUCAUUACUGAUAGAAAUAAUGGCCAAAACCUGGACAUUUCCAGAUUUUUACAACUCUACCCAAGUAACAGUCAGUCUGAAGGAAUGAUCCUGUAACACUGGAGGAUUUGCCUUCAGGGGCUUACAAGAUGAGUUAGCUUUACAGUCUGUCUAAGAUGAAAAGACACAAUGGUGAAAAUGACAUGGAAUUCAUAAUUAGCACUACUGGAUAUGUCUUGUUUAAGAAGAAAGAAAUAUUUUUAAACGAGGUCUGACAUGUGCAGAUGGACCUUUCACUUGGUGCUGUGACUAUAAUGUGGCUCAAGUCAGAAGAUGAGUUACACAGAAAAAUGAUCAAAUAAAAAGUCACCCUAAAAAAAGAAAAGUAACAAGAGAGAAUCUAAAUGUAACAAUUCUACUAUGUGAUUGUUGUCAUGCUGUUUUCGUGUUACCUAUUGAAACUCAAGUCUUUAAAAUGUGCAUUUUACUGUAUUUGAAAACUACUGAGAACAAGUCACAUGUUAAUUGUUCAUGGUCCCUAAUCUAAGCUGUUGUUUGAGUAUAAUGUCCAAACUGCUACCUACACCAUGACCUCUUUAAAUACUAUCUCAGGGCUUGUUUGUCCUAAUGUUGGUUGGUGAUGUUGUUUGACAGGUGAUGCAAUGACACUUUGAGAUGAUGAGGAACAAUGAAUGAACUUGUGCUCCAUGAAAGUGAAUGGAAGAAAAGCCAUAAUGCAAGAGAAAGGAGUGUUCCACCAUUGGGUACAGGAAACAACAAUGUGGUGAUGGUGUAACAUUAUGAAGUGCACUGCUAUUACUGUGAGAGUACACUAUGUACUCAUCAUCGCACUUGUUGACAUAGGCAAAUCGUUCGUAAGUGUAUGUGUAUGUGUAUGUGUUUGCGUAUGAACACAAGAGUCAGGCAGGAAGUGCCUGAAGUGAAUUUGUGGAGCAUGGAUUUAGGUUUAUCCCUCAUUUACAACUUGUGAAAAUUGAAAUAUCAAGUGUAAGUGUAAGGACCUGCAUGGAGCUGAGUUGGGACAAACAGGUGGCAACAACCAUGGCUGUCCAUCAAGCAAACAUGCCACAACACAUACUUCUGUAGAAGCCUUAAUACCUCUUUGGUCAAUUUUAUCCUCACCAUGAAAGUACACAUAAGACGUCUUGAGAGCCGAACUUCAACAGAGAUAAACUCUACAGAGAAGUAUGAAAUGUUUUUAAAUGGAUUUUAUCUCAGUUGGAGGUCAUUCACAGGCAACACCAAGUUGUCAAUCAUACUAAUGCAACUUAAAAUUGGUGAUGUCCUGGGGACCGUAGACUGCACCAAACCACUGUUAUCCAAUGUAACACAAUUUAUAUCAUUUAUCAUUUUCUUGUCCUAACAGCUUGCCUUUACUUUCUUUUUUGACUCCCUCAAAACUGUGCUUCAUGGUUCUUAACAACCAACUCACAAGUACACUGUGGAGGCAUCAACUUCAAAACUUCUAAUUCACUUGAAUGGAGCAGCAGCAAUCCAUGCUGACACCAUUAACUCCUCAGGAAAAUGUCAAUAGAAGUAGAAGCUCAAAUUCCCAUAGACUCCCAUGCAAACUGAGCUCUUUUUGCAACCAGUGGAGGUUUUACAAGAUUAUAUAGAAGAAGAUUAUAUAUCUUUGCAGUCUAUACUCUCAGGCCAGAUGUAUGUUUUCAUCAUUUUAUGUUUACAUCUGAGUUUGCAGAGGACCAUUUUGGUCCAAGAGGCAAAACAUGUCAUCUGCCCAUGUCCAGAUGGUAUACACUUAAAUAAGUCAUGCGGAUCAUGGGUGGUCCAUUCAGUCCAGUUGGUGGCACAAUUUUCAACAUAGAAGAUUAUAACCAUGGAUUCUUGCUGAGAUAUACUACCCCCCACACCUGGACAACCUACAUCACUCAAAAAUAAAAGAACUGGAGUGGAAUGUGAGAUCAACAACAAUCAAGAACUAAAGUGAAGCAGAGCCUCACUUUAGUAUGAAGGGAACAAGUAGAAAUUAUUCUUUUCUCUUUGUAGACACAGAAAAGUGGAAAAUAUGGAGGGGCCUUUAUGGAGCACGCACACAUAGGCGUACUAUUAGUACGCACUACGUACUACGUAGUGCGUACUAAAAGGGCAGCCUUUGGCCAAGUGGAAAGGGAACUUGGCUUGUCGCCGGUUCAAGUCCCCACCAGGCCGAAAGGGCUGGGAUACCCCUGAGCAAGGUACCCAACCCCCAUUGCUCCCCGGGUGCUACUCAGUGUGGCAGUCCACUGCUCCUAAUUCUAGGAUGGGUCAAAAUGCAGAGAAUAAUUUCCCUAAGGGGAUUAAUAAAGUAUCUAAAUAAUAAUAAUAAUAUUAAUUCUUGAUGGUGGGCAGUGUCUAUCAUGGUUGACUUCUUGGCAAGAGUUGAAAAAGUGAUGUUGUUGUUGGGUGCACUCUGUCUGACAAAAAUAGACAGUGUAGUGUUUGAGCUAAACAAAUAAUGUUAACAUCUCAAAUAUAAAAGAAUGUUUGCAUAACAUGAUUUGAUUGGCCAGCACCCGCUCUGCCACUUUCUCAGUCAUUUCUCAACACAAGCUAAGUGAGGCAACGCACCCAACCUUCAGUUCCUCAGCAAUUCUUGGCACUGCCCUAUUUAAAGUGAAUAAGAAGCAUUUCAGUUGAUGCCUCCAGGGCAUGUGUGAGUGCAGUAUUACCAGGUCCCAUUGCAUCAACUGCACCUUUCAGCCAUUGUGGUGGCAGCUAAAGCAAAUCAUAUUUCCCCACAAAUGACCACUAUAGGGAAAUGACACCACAUCCAUAAAACAGAACUGUGUCAUUUUGAUCAAAUUCCCUUGUUAAUGAACUCACUCUCUGUGUAUGCACAUAUCUGUCUGAAGUGAAGCUUUAGACUAGUGUGUAUGCAGAAAAGAAAGGACAAUAAGUGUUUUCAUAUGCUUCUAAGAAAUACAAAAAUGUUCAAAAGAAAACCAAGACCUGGAACAAAAAAGGCAUGCUUUGUUGCGAAACUAUAUAUUACAGUGUAUAUGGUGUUGAUUGUAUACCAACCACUACAUGCUUUACAAGAUGAUGCUCACCACGUGUGUUAUGACGCACAACCAACUAGUGCUCUAUUCUUGGACGUUGCUCACUGUAUCUGUCAUGCAACCAUUACAUUCAAUGUAGUGAUUGCCUUUUGAAAAUAAAGACCACUGGAUUAGUGCUA